AUACAAAAUGUAACCAAAGCAAAAGUGUCUUUUCUCGUCCCCAUUUUAAUAAAAUCAGAAGAAAUGGUUAUUCAUGUGAUAGGAGAAAAAAUCUUAGACAGAGAAUUAAGAUUUCCUGAAAAGAUAAACAAAAUAUUUUCAUUUUAAAAUAAAAUGUAUACCCUGAAUGAAUUUUUUUGUUUUGAGAUACAACAAAGAUAAUAGCUUUAAGUAUUAUCUCUCGCUAGAAAUAGUUUGCUUAGCAAUGUAAUCCUCAAACAGAAUACUUAGAAACCUACAUAAAUGAAGCCAUACAUAGAGGUAUCAAAUAAUAUUUUAUACAAAACUUUACAAAAUAAAAAACCAACUACUGCAGAUAUCACAAUGCUUGAUGAAGAAUUAUUACGUCACCUUCAACCGAUAUGUCCAAUGUCAAAAUCAUUUCUAACAAUUCCCAUACAACACCCUAAGCAGAACCAUGUAGCUUUAGUGGUUUCCUUAGUUGAUGAUAAUAAUCAAAAUGAAAUUACACAGGAAUGUGCAGAAGUUGUACAAGAAUGUUUUAGAUUUUGCUUAGGAUUUCUUCUAAACUCACUUAUAUGUUAUGAAGAAACCCGGCUGAAACAGCAGUGCCAAAAGUUACUUGCUGUUUCUAGAAAACUUUUUACACAUUUGGGAGAUUUUUCUGAUCUCUUGAGAGAAAUAAUGGCUGAAGUUAGAAACUUAACAAAUGCAGAAAGAUGUUCAUUAUUUCUUUUGGAUCCUGAUCAGCAAGAUUUAGUUGCUAAAGUAUUUGAUGGUAUUGCCAUGAAAGAAUCUAUAAAAGAAAUGAGAAUACCAAUAGGACAAGGUAUAGCAGGUCAUGUUGCAACUACUGGAAAAUUACUUAAUAUCAGAAAUGCAUAUGAGCAUCCUCUUUUUUAUAGCGGAAUAGAUGAAGUAACAGGUUUUAGAACUAGAAAUAUUUUAUGCUUUCCAAUUAGAGAUGAAAAUGGAAUUGUUGGUGUUGCACAGCUCUGUAAUAAAAAAGAUGGGCUGUAUUUUGAUGUUUUUGAUGAAGAAGUUGCAACAGCAUUUAGUAUCUAUUGUGGAAUUUCUAUAAUGCAUAGUAUCGUUUAUAAAAAGAUGCAAGAUGCUCAAGCAAGAAAUAAACUCAGUAACGAGGUGAUGAUGUAUCAUAUGAAGGUAGAAGAAGAUGCUGUUCAAGCAUUAUUGAACUGUAAGGAUGAACAUAAUAUAAAAGACUUUGAUAAAUUUCAGUUUACUCCUAGAAGUGUUCCUUAUAAACAUAUGCCCUGUUAUACAAUCAAAAUGUUCAAUGACUUAGGUCUUAUCAAACAUUGGAAAAUGAAAUUAUCAACUUUAGCUAGGUUUAUAUUGUAUGUUAAAAAAGGAUAUAGAGAUGCACCUUAUCAUAAUUGGGUGCAUGCUUUUUCUGUGGCACAUUUUGCAUAUUUGUUAAUAAAAAAUUUAGAGCUUAUUACUGAGAAUUAUAUGACACAGUUACAAGCUCUGGUCUUCUUAGUAUCUUGUUUGUGUCAUGAUAUAGAUCAUAGAGGAACAAACAAUUCAUUUCAAACUAAAUGCAGUACAGUCCUAGCUAGUCUUUACAGUUCUGAAGGUUCUGUGAUGGAGAGGCAUCAUUUAGCACAGACCAUGUGUAUUUUAAAUACAGAAAACUGCAAUAUAUUUGAAAAUUUUAAUAGCGAUGAAUAUAGUGAAGCAUUAGAUCUAUUAAGAAAUAAUAUACUUGCAACUGAUUUAGCAUCUCAUUUUCGCACUGUAGAAAAACAAGAAGAAAUGAUUAAAAAUAAUUUUGACAAAAAAGAUUCUAAACAUUUAAAACUUUUUUUUAGUAUGCUUAUGACAUGUUGUGACCUUAGCGAUCAAACUAAACAUUGGAAGGUAUCCAAAAAGACUGCUGAACAAAUUUAUGAUGAAUUUUUUUCUCAAGGAGAUUUAGAAAAAAGUAUGGGUAGUUCUCCUAUAGAAAUGAUGGAUAGGGAACGAGCAUCUAUACCAGAUCUUCAAGUUCAAUUUAUCACAAAUAUAGUUCUACCACUUUUUAUUAAUCUUUCUACAUUAUUCCCGGUGAUACAACCACUUGUUCAUGUGCUGAACGAAAAUCGAGUUUUAUGGGAAGAAUCUAGAAGCAUAUUUCAGAAAUACGUGAAAACAGGAAUGAAAGGUAUUGAUAUCUUAUUGGACCCUACAUUUGAAGAAGAAGUAUUACAAAUUUCUAUUCAAAGCAAUAAUGAUCUUUUAUAAAAUUGUACAAUCAAAGCUAUUCUAAAACACAAAGAUAUCAAAAUCGUAAUCUUUUUAAAUUUAAAAGCAAUAGAAGUACUCAUUCAUUGUUAGAUGUGUCGAAAUUGAGUGAAAUUAUUUCAUGAAAAGAACGCUGGCGUUCUAAAAACUAUUUAUUUAUUGCAAAUUUCGUGUAUAUUAAAAUGUUAUUUCUAUUUAUUGUACAUUCGUUAUUUUCCAAAGACCGAAAGUCUUUACGUGUUGAUGAAAUAUUUUUUUAUUUAUAAUUUACACGAGUGAAAGUGUUCUUUACAAAAGAAACCAUAAACUCUAAAAACAAGUACUAAAUAAUAAUUUAAUGUGAUAAUUAUCUAAUUUACACCAAUUGUGAAUGUUACAAUUU